AACGACCGAUAGAAGCCGCUAUUUUGCUCGUCGCCGACCGCGUUCUGAUACUCACGGAUUGUGUUGGCAUGCGUAUGCGGUGCGACGGUUGGUGCACCUGACCUAGCUGGGAGACAUCGCCGGAGCUAGUUGUUACAUAAUUUUGCGCCUCAAAGACUCACGUGUCACGCUGUAUCGUCCGCUCUUUCCUGAUAAAACCUGACGCCUGCUCGGCUUAUCGCUCUCGAUAAUCCGUAGCUUCUUAUCAUAGUGUUUGGACCUCGAAAUCGAUUUCCAAACGCUCUUCCUCUUCGUUACAUCUUACUGCUACUACAACAACAUCAGUAUCGUCAUAAAAUACCAUCGUUGUCAUAUCAUCAUGCCUGGCCGUACAGCAGAACGCACAGAUCGCUUCCAGACACUCAUUCAGGCCUUGAGUGACAGGCUUGGCCCAUGUAGCGGCAUCGAUAGUGAUGAUGUGGACGAGAAAGAGCUUCAGCAGCUGAUGGAAGACUAUGUCUCAGAUGAGUCGGAAUGGGAGAAAUAUUCGAUGGCACAACCCAAUACAGCGUACACACGGAAUCUCGUCGACAAGGGCAACGGCAAAAGCAAUCUGCUUCUACUAGUAUGGGCACCUGGUAGGGCAAGUCCCAUUCAUGACCAUGCCAACGCCCAUUGCAUCAUGAAGAUUCUCAAGGGCAGUCUCACCGAGACACGCUACGCAUGGCCCACCAUCGACCUCAAUAACUCGGAGGAUCGCCACAUGCAGGUCAUCUCCGAGAAGACAUACCAGGCCGACCAAGUCACAUAUAUGUCUGACAAGCUCGGACUCCACCGCAUUUCCAACCCAGAUAAGCAAAACUACGCUGUCUCACUGCACUUGUACACACCACCCAAUGCGGCAGUAUAUGGUUGCAACGUCUUUAACGAAGCAAAUGGUCACUCGACGCACAUGGCCAAGUGCACAGUGUUCUCUGAGUAUGGGUCGCAAAUUCGUGAGGCACGAUCCUAGAAAGCAUCUUAUCUUUUGAGCGACAUAUGGAAGGCAACUAAGGAGAAAUUACCUCCCCUUUUAAGAGGUGCUUGCAAAGUAUCCCAGGGCGAUUGCACUGUCAUUUCA